AUCAUCACAGAAUCCAUCGGAGAAAUCUGACCACCAACAUCUUAUUCGCUAAUCCUCUGAUUAUCAACUACCCAUAUAUCAAAAUCUGAAGCUGAAAAGAAAAUGGCGGAAAGUCCGGUGUUGUUCUUACUGGACAAGUUGACCUCUUUACUGCAAGAAGAAGUUCAGCUUUUGAAGGGUGUUCGCACAGAGGUUCAGUUCAUUAAAGAUGAACUGGAGCGUCUCAAGGCCAUCUUAAGAAUGGCCGGUGCUUUGGAGGACAAAGACCCAGAACUCAAAGUCUGGGUGAAGCAAGUCAGAGAUGUAGCUCAUGACAUGGAAGACGCCAUUGAUGACUUCACUAUUCGCCUCGUGAAUCAUCAUGGGCAUGGCCACAAUUCUGCUUUCAGAAGGUUUGCUUCAGCCAUUAAAGCUCUCAGAGCUCGACAUCGGAUUGCUUCUGACUUGCAAGAGAUCAAAGGCAGAGUCGAAAACAUCUCCAAGGAUCGUCGCAGCAUAACUGAGACUGGGCCAAGCUCGAAUCUUUUUCAUAGAUCGAGGCUUGAUAGCCAAGGAGAUGCACUUCUUCUUGAGGAAGCUGAUCUUGUGGGUAUUGAGAAGCCAAAGAAGCAGCUAAUUGAUUUGCUUUACCAUGGGGAACAAGGAAAGGCGGUGAUUCCAAUCUAUGGAAUGGGAGGGCUGGGCAAAACCACAGUGGCAAAGCAGGUUUAUGAUGACCCAAAAGUGAAGAAGCGUUUUAAGAUGCACGCUUGGGUCACAGUUUCUCAAUCCUUCAAGAUCAAAUUCUGGUCAAAAAAAAAAUCCUUCAAGAUCAAAGAGCUUCUAAGAGACCUGGUUCAACAGCUUCAUAAAGUUAUUGGAAAACCAGCUCCUGCAGAAAUUGGCUCAAUGAAAAGUGACAAUCUGAAGGAGUUGGUCAAGAGUCUGCUUCAACAAAGUAGAUACCUCAUCGUUCUGGAUGACAUAUGGCGGGUAAAUGCAUGGGAUGCUAUCAAACUUGCUUUGCCUAACAAUAACUAUGGCAGUAGAAUAAUGAUCACCACAAGAAACAAAGAGGUAGCACUUUCUUGCUGCACUGAGUUGCAAGGUAAGAUCUAUAACCUGGAAUUCUUACCUCAGGAUGAAGCAUGGGCUCUUUUCUGUAAGAAAACAUUUCAGGGUAAUUCAUGUCCUCCUCAUUUGGAGGAGUCUUCUAAGAGUAUCUUGAAAAGGUGUGGGGGGUUGCCUCUGGCAAUUGUGGCUAUCAGUGGUGCUUUGGCUACAAAAGACAGAAGCAACAUAGAAGAAUGGUCAGCUGUUAGCAAAAGUAUGGCAUCUGAAAUUGAAAGCAAUGACAAAAUGGAGGAUAUGAACAAAGUGCUUUCUCUGAGUUUCAAUGAUUUGCCUUAUUAUCUCAAAUCCUGUCUGUUGUACCUGAUCAUCUUUCCAGAAUUUUAUGCCAUUGAGCAUAUGAGGUUGAUUCGCUUGUGGAUAGCUGAAGGGUUUGUCAAUGGAGAAGAAGGAAGGACACUAGAAGAAGUUGCAGAAAGUUACCUGAAGGAGCUCUUGAACAGGAGUCUGAUUCAAGUGGUAGAGAAAGGCAGUGAUGGCAGGAUGAAGACUUGUCGUGUUCAUGACUUUCUACGGGACAUCAUCAAUCUGAAGUCAAAAGAUCAAAACUUUGCAACACUGGCCAUGGACCAGGACAUAAUAUGGCCAGAAAGAGUCCGUCGCUUAUCAGUAAUGAAUAGUUUGCAGACCGUACAGCAAAAUAGGACUUCAUUUCAAUUGCGUUCUCUCCUAUUGUUUUCUUUAGCAGAUUCAAAUGAUGACAUCUGUUUAUCUGGAUUAUUCUCAAAGGGUUGUAGGCUGCUUAAGGUGCUAGAUCUGCAAGAUGCACCUUUGGAGUCGUUUCCUGCUGAAGUUGUCAACCUUUACCACCUGAAGUAUCUAAGCCUGAAGAAUACCAAGGUAAAAAGUAUUCCAGGCUCCAUUAAGAAACUUCAAAACCUGGAGACAUUAAAUCUCAAACACUCCUAUGUCACGGAAUUGCCAGUUGAAAUAUUGGAGCUGCAACGACUACGCCAUCUCCUGGUGUAUCGUUAUGAGAUUGAAUCCUAUGCUCAUUUCCUCUCAAGGCAUGGCUUCAAGCUGCCUGGUCCAAUAGGAUGCAUGCAAUCUCUGCAAACUUGUUUCAUAGAGGUAGACCAAGGAAGUCAAGACUUGAUGGUUGAGCUUGGAAAGCUGACUCAACUCAGAAGGCUGGGCAUAAGAAAGCUGAAGAAAGAAGAUGGGGCUGCUUUGUGCUCAUCCAUUCAGAAAAUGACAAAUCUGAGGUCUCUAUCCAUAACUGCAGUAGAAGAUGAUGAGAUCAUUGACAUUCAAAACAUUGCCAAGCCUCCUCCAUACCUGAGACAACUGUACUUAUGUGGACGUUUAGAGAAGUUUCCUGAAUGGAUACCCUCCCUCCAGAAUCUAGUCAGAGUGUAUUUGAAAUGGAGCAGGUUAGAGGAGGAUCCUCUGGUGUAUCUUCAAGAUCUCCCAAAUCUAAUUCAUCUUGAGUUCUUACAGGUUUAUGUUGGUGAGACACUGCAUUUCAAGGCAGAGAAAUUCCCAAGUCUGAAACUUUUAGGCCUUGAUGAUAUGGAUGGAUUGAAAUCCAUGAUGGUGGAGGAAGGAGCAAUGCCAAAUCUAAAAAGACUGAUCAUCCAGAGAUGUGGAUCAUUGAAGAAGGUACCCUCAGGUAUAGAACAUUUGAGUAAGCUAAAAGCAAUUGACUUCUUUGAUAUGCCUGAUGAAUUGAUCAAUGCACUAAGUCCAAAUGGAGGUAGCGAUCAUUGGAGAGUAGAACAUGUACCUGCGGUUUAUUCAACCUACUGGAAAUCUGGUACAUGGGAUGUCUACUCAGUGGAUACUUUUGGGGAGAGAGACAGUUCUUCAAGUAAUAAUGUUGCAAUGAAAAGUCAUGAGCGUCGUAUACUUUGGAAGGUUUAACUUAUUCGCAAACUCUUUAUAGAAAUGACUACAGACUUGUUCAUAGCAAAUAAACCAAGAAACAUAGCAUGUUUCUUGAACUAGGAAAUUUUUUUUUUCCUUUGUCUCCUUUUGGUCAUUGAAUCAUGACGUAUGAAGUUCAAUAUUUGUUUUCUCGCACAGUCAUGAUUCAUUAGAUUUUCCAAUGCCAAUAAACAGUAAAACCAAGCUGGUUGCUGAUUUUUAAGUGAUGCAGAAAAAAAACUCACUGAAUUUUACCUUC